AUGUCGGGAAACUCAUGGUUGAGGUCACGCGAUUGCGACGGUUUAAAGCUAAACUUCCACAGCGACCUUACACCAACCCCAAGCCCUUCUGAAAGGAAAGCUCCCCGCCAUGACGUUAAAGCGGGUCUCAGGCAUUCCGUCCCGAGACAUCAUUCUUCUGAAGCCUUUCAACGGCAGCGAAGUGCGACGGUUGGGACAAAGCGAACCGUAUCAUUCUCGCCGCGAACCUCAUCCAAUCUUCUCGAGGCAAACCACUCGCCGUCGCCGUCUCCAUCGCCAAAGGACCAUGGAAACAGCAAUUACAUUCUCAAACGCGCUCACAGCCCGCCGGCGUCCUCGAUGAAUUUUCUGGGCAUCAAAUCACAAAAGUCGCCUCCGCGACGCUACUUUUCUCCUCCGUUGCUUUCUCCGGGCGCCACCGAAACUCAGUUUGGCAUCCUCAGCCCAAACUUCAGGCCAGCGAGCGUUAGUAGCAUCGCUAGCCUCAACCUGAGCUCCCUGGACGACGAGCACGGAAUUGAGUACCCAGCGGAGCCCGACGCACCGGGGCCGUUGGACCAGGAAGGUCCGGACGAUGUCAGCCCUACCUUUGACCUUUCCACCAUCAGGGCGGCCUCGGAUCUUCUAGAUGUUUCCAAGGUGGCGCCAGGCUACAAAGGCGUCGUUGCAGAUUCGACAUGGCGUGUGCUGCACUACCUAAUCACCGGCGCUGGCGACAAUCUUGAUGUCACCGACUUGCAGGCUAUUCACGAAAACAUUCUCGCUAUUCACGAGAUAGUCGGCAAAAAGUGUCCACCGAGCUGGCCCCGGAGGCCUUUGAAGCACACUUUGGGCCUUUAUCCCUCAAUGACUUCUUGGAAACCAAUGCGGGAGGCCUUCACUGAUUCCGAGAUGGAUGAUGACGCGCAUGCCAAGGGCGAGCAAAGUGACGAUGGCACUGAGGCUAGCGUCCUUAACCGUGCCGAAAUAUCGCGAAUCGCAGAGGCCGCCUCUGGCUUGGAGGAAUAUGUCGAAAGUCAUACACCAUCCCGAACACCGAGCAAAGUUUCGAGCCCCAAGCUCGACGCCUACGAUCAGCUUCAGAGUCUCAAGGAAGCAGUAAAUUCAGCUUCGGACUCUCUGGCCACGCCGAAACCGCGUACUCCAGCGGCAGUGCCAUCUCCAGAUCCACCUCGCCAGCCUCCUGACGAUGUAGCAGCACUCGUCGUGGCCGAAGCUGAGAAACUUUGUGUACAGCUGGAAUCCAUGGCAAAGUCCUUGUACGCUCGUCGACAAGAGUUAGAUCAUAUAUAUGAAUCUUUUGUCGAGGGGCAAGAAAGGAAUGCUGACAGAAUGGCUGGGCUACAACAACAUGUGGACGAACUCGAGGAAGAUGUUCGCGAGAACGAGUCUGAGCUCACCCACCUCCGCCUUCAGCUCAGGGCAAUCGAGCUUCAAAUCCCGGAGCGCAGCGGUGAAGACCGAGAUCCCGAGCUCACAGAAAGUAUAGACAAUUGGAAGGCCGAGUUUGAAACGGUCAAGAGCCGGUGGCGUGAGCGUAGGAGCCGGAACAGCAGCUUUCGAACCACCGACGACUCUAGUAUGACGAGCACGGCCAUGACGACCAUGACAAUCAACUCCUCCCCGAUCCGCAUCACGCGCGGAUCUUCCAUGACCUCAUCGUUUCGACUCAGCCGCGGGUCUUCGCUGAGUUCACCAAUGGGAGUCAGACGGUGUGGGGAAUAG